AUGCAGAAUGGAUCUCCGACGCGUCAGACCGACCAUCGGGAUACCCCGCCGUCUCUAUGGGACCGAUUCACAAGCAAUUUUAAUAUGAGACCCCCAGAGGACGAUGAGCCUCAGUCAUGGUGGAUUGCAUCGACGGCCAUCCCGUUGGUGGCAGCUGCAGCGGGACCACUGGCAAAUGUCAUGUCGAUUGUUGCGCUCGUCAUGCCCUGGCGAAGCCAUGUCAUCUCCAGCACACCCGGACCAGCCGGUAACUUGCCUCAAGUCGGCUAUGAUGAUCCUCAUUGGGUCACAGCCUUCAAUGCGACAUCGCUGGUUUGCGGACUCGUGGGCAAUAUUUUCUUGCUUUUGAACUUUACACAGACGGUUCGGUACAUUAUUGCUUUGCCUGUAACGAUUAUAUCAUGGUUUUUAGCGACAGGAAUGUUGUGCGGCCUCACCGCAGCUCUUUCGAUCUACGAUCCUCCAACCGGCCCAGAUGAUGUUUAUUCGCAAGCCUACUGGAGUGCUGUCAUUGCAGCGAUCCUUUACUUCAUUCUAAGCGUCAUAUUGAUGGUCAACAUGCUGGGCUACUUUCUGGGACGCUACCCUCAACAUUUCUCUCUCACUGACGACCAACGAACCCUUAUUCUCCAAAUGACUGGAUUCGUGGCUUGGCUGCUUGUUGGUGCUGCCAUCUUUCAGCGCGUGCUGGGCAUAUCCUUUGCCGACGGACUCUACUUCAGCGAUAUCACGGUUCUCACCCUAGGUUUUGGUGAUGUGACUGCUAAUACGCCCGUGGGAAAAGGUUUAAUAUGGCCGUAUGCGGUGAUUGGAAUUGUCAUGCUAGGUCUUGUGGUCGGGAGUAUACAUCAAUUUGCCCGAGAAGUCCACUAUGAUAACGUGGUGCGCAAGCACAUCGAGCAAAGACGGCAGGCCACAUUUGAGCGUUCAAUCACUAUCGGCGACCUUGACAUGGCUAGAGCAAGUUUAUCUGCGCAAGGAAAUGGAGUCCCUGCGGUACUUACCCGCCAGCUGUCCCAUAUCCCAUUACAUCGGAAACACCGCCGCCAACCAAUUCGCGACACCAUCCACACAUUAGCAGUUGGUCAUAGACCUCGACUCCUUAUUAUGAGAGAAGAAAAGGAUAGAUUUGAUGCGAUGCGUGCGAUCCAGUAUGACACCAUGCGCUUCCGUCGAUGGAACGACUUGUUCAUAAGUAUCAUCGCAUUCGCAAUCGUUUGGACAGGCGGAGCCGUUGUCUUCUGGAGACUAGAGGAGAUCUCGUACUUCGACGGGCUGUACUUUUGCUUCUGUUCUCUCCUUACCAUUGGCUACGGCGACGUCACGCCCCAGUCAAAUGCGGGCAGACCAUUUUUCGUAAUGUGGUCACUCAUCGCAAUCCCAACGAUGACCAUGCUCAUCUCGCAAAUGAGCGAUACCGUCGUCGCGGCUUACAAAAAGUCCACAGAGAAGCUCGGAGAUUACACACUGAUGCCUCGUUCUGGUGCAUACCGGUCCUGUCUUAAUCAUUUCCCUUUCAUCAUGAACUUCAUCCAAAAGCGCCAAGAGAAAAAGCGACUCAAGCGAGGAUUUCCAGUCGGGGCAGAUGCGGAUCCUGAUCAAAUUGAAGAUCGACCCUCGACAGCUCGGACUGAAAAGGAUGUCGAAGGAGCGCCUAACGACCGUCGAUCUCAAGACCGUCCACAUCGAACAAUCGAGGAACUCGCGAGUGAGCCGAACCCCUCCCCGUUUGAACUUGCCCAGCAAUUGGCCUUUGCUAUUCGUCGUACCUCUGAAGAUGCACGAGUAGGUAAAAGAAAGCGUUAUUCGUAUGAAGAGUGGGUUGAGUAUACCCGCUUGAUUCAAUUUACAGAUCCACGAUCUGGACCCUCUUCGGCCGGGAGCCAACAGCAACACAGAGGAGUAUCUGUAGAUAAAGACGAAUACGGUGUACUAAACUGGGAUUGGAUUGGCGAGAGUAGUCCCAUGUUGGCCCAUCAGACGGAACCAGAAUGGGUGCUAGACCGAUUGUGUGAGAGCUUAGUUCGUUAUGUGUCGACCCAGGAACAGGCUAGGGCCGAGUCACAGGGCCAAGGAGAUGAUGCGGCCGAGGCGCCUACCUUGAAAAAAGAGCAGGACCUUGGACUUGAGCAGAAUUAA